AUGAUGUCCCAGUGCUCUGCCGAGCUCUGUAUGCUAUUGAUCGAAGACAAUUUUGGAGAGCUCUUUGCCCGCAUCUUUACCGUCCUUCAACGUUACGAAAGACUUACCCUCCCUCGGUUAAAAUUCUAUGCUCGCCUGACAGAUCGCCAAUUGCGCCAUGGCCUCUCCGCCAUGAUCCAGCACCACUUGAUCUAUCACUUCACCUCCCUCGAUGACGGCAAUACCUACUACGAAGCUAAUCCACAAGCCGCAUACUCCCUCGUGCGAUCUGGAAAGAUUCUCCAGCUCGUUGAAAAUCGACUAGGAGAAUACGCGGCCCAGGUGUUGGAAGCAAUCAUGACGCUCGGUCACUCCUCGAUCGCCCACCUCGAGACGCUUCCCGAACUUAAAUCCAAGAGGCAGCGCAUUCCGAAUGGGGUCCACCAUGAUGAACACAAGAUCGAUGGAGAGGGAGAAAUUGAAGAGGAUUCCGCUGCUCCUAACGGCGAUCAUGCUGUGAGCGAGAAACCGGCAUAUCUUCACCCCACCUUGAAGAGUCUUGCGUCCCACGGAUACAUCCAUCGCCUUCGAGAGGCACACUUCCAAAGCCCAAAUGACAACUGGCUAGAUGCUUCCCGAAUCAUCGCAUCAAGGCCAGAUGUCAAACAAAUGAAGGGCAAACAGCAAGCGGCAGAGAUUGAGGAGAAGGCGAAGGACAUGGUCAAGGAAAGAACAGAAGGAGAUCUGAGCCGGGGCCUCAUAUACAACGGCGUCCCUCAGGGCGCCAAAAUAAGACGCAAUCACGGCGACUCGGAGUCCAAUAAGCAGGUGUCGAAUGGCACCAACGGUAUCAACGGGGACCAUGUAGAAGACGAGGGGGAAGAGGGGAAUGAUUGGUCCGAAGAUGAAGAUGGUAUUGAUUCAAUCCCAAUGGAUUCUAACCUUAUCAUUCGGGUGAACUACGAGAAGCUCGACGUGGCGCUUCGAAACACGCGGUUCCUUGAGCUUGCGGAGCAAGACGCACAUUCCACCUCAGUCGAGAUUUACGACUGUCUGCUUCGGCGCAUUGAAUACCAAACAGCCCGCUGCCGAGACUCAUUUGAGAUCCCUCGCGAAGGAGAAGAAGGCGAACAAUACUCUGUCCCAAUCCAACUGAGCUCAAUCGUCGAAGACGUUGACCCGAAUCUGGAUCUUGCAGGAUGUAUUGGCCCGAUGGAGCCCUCGACGGUGUUAAACCGACGCGGCAAGCGACCAUUGGAUGAUGACACGAAUGGCGUAAAUGGUGACAAGCAUGAAGAUGAACCGAGCGGGAAGAACCGCGCCUACGAGAUCGACCAGCACCUUAGUAUACUCUCACAACCUCCCUUGAACCUUACCACAAAACACGUCAUCUCCGGCCUCCCUACCUGGCGAGUUGCAUUCCGAGGCCUGGCCCGGAAACUUCGCCAUUUAGAACUGGAGCGCAUGAUUGAAUCGCGGUACGGAGAUGUGGCACUGCGGGUGGUCCGCGUCCUGCAUGCCAAGGGCAAGCUUGACGAGAAACGGCUCCAGGAAAUCAGUCUCUUGCCAUUCAAGGACCUGCGCCAGACACUUGCUAGCAUGCAGACUGGAGGGUUUGUAGAUCUGCAGGAAGUGCCACGUGAUGCGCAGCGUCAGCCUUCCAAGACGAUCUACUUGUGGUACUACGAUCCGGACCGCGUGUGCAGCAGUAUUCUGGAGGAUACAUACAAAGCCAUGUCACGGUGCCUGCAGCGCAUCAAAUUCGAACGUAGCCGCGAGAGAGAUUUCCUUGAAAAGACGGAACGAACUGACGUCAAGGGUCACGAGGAAGAAUUCCUCUCGGAGGCUGAAUUAGAACACCUUCGCAACUGGAAGGCUAAAGAAGCCUUGCUGCUGGCGGAGGUAUCUAGAUUAGAUGAUAUGGUUGCUGUUUUCCGAGAUUAUUGA